CAUUUAACGUGUCGAAAUGUACAGAAGCUUGUUCCUUGCACUGCUGCUCUUGGCUCAGGAUCGAGCAGAAGGAUCCGAUGAUGAGACAGCACCGCUUCCCACGGCUCCAGCCAGACCAGGUCACUAUGUCCAUCAACUGCACGGAGCCGGCGGUUGGUAUAUACCAGAUAACAGCGGAAAAUAUCGUCACGAUCCGAGACCCUACGAUGGAGGCUACGGCGAUCGUGGUCAGCCCUAUGCGAAUGAUUUGCGGGGCAUCUUCAGACAGGCGGAGCAGCAGUUGGCUGCCAGUCUACAGGCAGCUAAUGAUGAGUUUGCACUGGGACCAAGGGAUCAUCUGCGCUUCAUGAUUGACUUCAAUUACAAUGGCACGGGCUGGCAGAUUAUACAAUUCGAAUGGGUGCGUGAUGGGGAUGGCACAAAUGAGGAACAGCAACAGUACAAAUAUGUGAAUGAGAAUAAGUUGUGGGACACGGAUGUGGAGUCCCAGCAUCAGCCAGUUCAAGCCUAUAACUAUGAACAGCCUCAAUCUCAGGAACAGUCUCAAAUUGACUACGAGACGCAGUCCGAUCCCCAAAUCGAACCCCAACCUCAGUCGAGUAUCGACACUGAACAAGAUCCCAUCAAAGUGCAGUCUACUAUUAACAAUGUGUUGGAAUAUAUACAACAACGCAUCCUACCAAACCUUAACUGAAAGGUUUUAUAAAUAUAUAUAUAAAAAUUUGUGAAUAUAAUAAAAUUAAAAAUACAUAUGA